AUGUCUGCUGUAAGUUAUCGCUUACUACCUCACACCCUUUAUUUACCUUCAAAUCAGACCCCGGAGCUUCACCUGCGGUGCAGGCUAUAUUCAGCAUCGUGGACCAGACCCCGUCAGGUCACCAUGUUGACGCGUUGCUCUGGCCGCUCACGCACUGCUCAGCGUUUUCCUGUUCCUGAAAGUCUUCUCGAGGAGGCUACCGUGCAGCCUUAUGUUCACAACUGUUUCGUGAAUGUGUGCGAAGGGAGACACAUUCAUCGAUUCUGCAUCUUCUUCAAGCGACAUCUUCGUCUCCGAGCCAACGUGCUUCUUAGUACUGGGUGA